UAUGGGCUUAUCACCGCCCCUCCGGCACGUCAAGGCACGACUUCUCCAACGUCUCCUUCAGAAAACAAACGGCAGGCAAACUCUUCCGGGUACCUCUGACUUUUCCUCACUCUAGCGUCAAAACUUACCCCAAAAAAAGUCAGUUUAGUGCGUCUAAUGUGCAAAAAUGAGCGGUUAACUGGAGAAUAAAGACACAAAGAGACGAUCCGACGGGUAGAAGAGGAGGAAAAAGGAGGAGUUUGGACUGAAAGCUGUAAAGGUAAAGAAAAAAAAAACACGUUUACUCUUUCACCUUUGGGCGCUGUUCUGUUUAUGGUUUGGCGUAAUUUAUUUCACAAAGAUGGCAUAAAACACCUUUAAUGUAAGACAACUAAGUCUGUUUACCUUAAAAACACAUUUGACCCACUUUAAUGAAUGUAGAAGUACUUUAAAGAAGAACAAAGUUUACCUGACUCUUGAGGGAACAUGAUGUCUUCAGUAACAAGUUUAAGAAUUCAACUAAAACAUCAAUCAGAAGGACUUUUGUUGAAUUUAACGUGUACUUUCUCAUCAUCCUACUUUUUUUUAAUCUCUACUCCACCACACAACAACCUGACAUAACUUUACUGUCAUAUCAAAUCUUUUUUUUUGUUUAUACAGUGUUUAAAAAGUUAUUAUAACCCAUGAAACUUCUUUAAAGAGCAGAUCUAAACUCAACUAUGUCCUACGUCUAAUCAGAGAAUAUUUAAUCACAGAAAAAAAAUGUAAAGGUAGGGAAAGGUAGAUGUCUAUCAGCUUGGCACGUCUUGAUGUGGUGAUAUUUGCCCACUUUUCUUUGCACAACCGCUCCAAAUCUGACAGAUUGCGAGGGCAUCUCCUGUGCACAGCCCUCUUCAGAUCACCCCACAAAUGUUCGAUGGGAUUCAGGUCUGGGCUCUGGCUGGGCCUGUUCCAAAGUCUCAGUCUUAUUCCGGUGAAGCCGCUCUUUUGUUGGUUUAGAUGUGUGCUUCGGGUCAUUGUCGUGCUGAAAGAUGAAGUUCCUCUUCAUCUUCAUCUUUCUAGCAGAAGGUCGAAGGUCGUUUUCCUUCGCAGGGUGUCCGGGCUCAGCCUUAGAGUCAGCUGAGGUGGCUCGGGCAUCUGGUUAGGACGCCUUCUGGACGCCUCCCGUUAGAGGUGUUCCAGACAUGUCCCACUGGGAGGAGACCUCGUGGCCGGCCCAGGACCAGGUGGAGGGAUUAUAUCUCUCGCCUGGCCUGGGAGCGCCUGGGAAUCCCCCCGGAGAAGCUGGUGGAAGUGGCCGGGGUGAGGGCCGUCUGGGCUUCCCUCCUGACCACGACCCAGACCCGGAUAAGCGGAAGAAAACAACAACUUACUGACAUUGAUGAGCAACCAUCUGGCCAGAAUAGAGACACCUUACAGACACAGAGACCAACCUGAAAGCCUUUCCUCCCGUGUUACUUUUAGAGACUGAACCUCAGGAGAACUGCACUGAUUGUGCUUCAAGCUUUCUCUUAAAAGCUUUGCGGUGUCUUUCUCCUCGACCCUGUGGUGGAUGUUCCUAAGGACAACUAAGGCUCUUCCUCCCAUACUUCAGCCGCAAACUUAAAGAGUUGUAAAUAACAUCCUCUAGAGUUUGAGGUUUAAAAAAUGUUUUAUUUUCUCAAAAGCAUGAAGAAACUUUCUAUUUUAGAUUGAUGAUAAGCCGUUUCUAGCUCACUGUGGGUUUCAUAAAUGGUAAAGUACUCUGGCUCCUGAUAGUCAAACCUUUCUCUGGCUCUUAAAUUACGAGACAUACCUGGAAAUCUCGACCUCAUGAAGAAACAUUUUCUUGGGGGUUAAAGUCAUGAGCAAUACUUUCACCACAGAUGCACCUUGUUACACAAGUUUAACCACUAUUCAAAUACCUUGUGCACCAUGUGGAAGUGAAAACUAUCUUCCUGUUAAAAAGCAGAAGAGCUUUUCAUUUAUUCAGAGUAGAUUCACUCAUGUUUUUCAGUACCAAAUGAAGCGUUGUCAAACUUUUCAGUGUGUCCAAAUCAACAAAUAUGAAAUAGGCCAUAAGAGACACCGCUCUACUAAGGUCAAAGUUCAUCCCUUUUACAGGAUUUGGAUCAUAAACAUAUAAAGAUGUGUUUGAACUUUGAGCUCCAAGUAGUUUUACUCCUCCACCUUUUCCUGUCAGGAGCCAUAAAGCUGCAGCAGACAGCUCAACGUUUACCCAAUGAUGAGCGAAAUCUGUGAUACAGUCCUGGUUUACAGUGACAAGAGUUUUGAAAGUGCUGCUGCUCACAUAUUUGUGACAAAGUCUGUUACAAAACAAAACAAAACAUGUAAAACGAGAAACAGGGAAGCCGAAACAUGAAACAUGAAGCAGAUAAAGAGGAGGACGAAUAUACAAAUGAGGACGCUUGUUAUCAUCUGUUCAAACUAAAACAAUCACAGAGUGAACAUGAUAUCACUGAAGUGUUUGAGUUCUGGUUUAGGGUUCUUAUUUUCCGGACAAUGUUUCUUAUUGAGUUGUUUACGUGACAUUUAAUGUUGGAAAUAGAAGAACUGUUGACGGUGUGAAAGUAUCUCUGUAUGAGAUCCACGAAUCUGAACAUCGAUCACAUUAUUCAGACACUUUUGUAGAUCUGUGUGCACAUUUGUCCAACUGUGUUCAUGGAUCUCUGAAUCUCCAUUAUUAUUAUUGGGGAUCUGUGGUUAACAUUUAUAGUUCUGGAUGUACAUUUAAAGGUAGGGUAGUCAGGAUCUGAGGAAGUUCCAGUUUUUAGGAGAAAUCUUGAAUGUAAACUCUACCCCUCCCAACCAGUUUUCCCCUCAAGCCCCGCCCACAAACAGACGCUCCUGCUCGCUCGUAUCGUUCCAGUUAAAUUCAGAUAUAAUGCAGAUAAAUCCUUCAGAUCAUUACAAAUGCGGCCCAGUCAAGGUGAAAGUCAAAAGCAUUGGUGCUACUGUAGAUGCCAACAGACUACCAGCAAACACAAUGUUUGCAGGACUUCUACAACGAGGAUAAAGUGACAUAGUCCAGGACCCGAGGGAGGACAGUUUAGCGAUGGCGCUACAACACGCUACAGCAGGUCCGUUUGACAAGAAACACUUCUGUUACAGACACUUGUCUUACUUUGUUAAAGCGGUUUACCUGUCCAGCAGAAAGGUUACAGGGUCACCAAGAUCCCCAAGCGUCCCCCAUGGUUUAUGUUGACCCGGCUUUGUAGCUCUUGUCCGGUCUACCUCCGUUUUAAGCGCCCGUUAUUCCUCCAGAGUCUCCGGUAUUUACUUUGUUUUCUUGCUUGUGUCGGCAGUCGUGGCCAAAGGAGGAUUCAGACAAUUUUCCGAACUUUCUGGUUGGUUUCUACUGUCCGAUAUUGUAGCACGCUAACUUUGUUUGGGCUCCUGAACGACACGGGGGAGCAGCGUCUGCCUCACAACCAAUCAGGUUAGAGGAGGUGGAGAACGGCUUUGUUUACAGUGAGAAAGAGCGGACCGCUCAAAAAUGUUCAAAUGUUGACGACACAGACAUAAGAGAACACAGAGAUAUCGAUAUAUUACCAAAUGUCAUCAAUAACUGAUAACUAUUGACUGAUAUUAGAAGAGUUUUUUGUAAAUACACCACAAGAAAAGAUGCUUCUUUAACGGAUUCCUGCCUACUUCACCUUUAAGGACUCGUACCAAUCUGUGUAUUGGUGUUUGUCGACCGUUUGUUCACAUCGGUGUAUCUGCGUCAUGUUGACUUAUUCAAAAAGCUAAACAUCCAGUUUAAAUAUAACAAAUUAAUCAUUAAACUGCCCCCAAAGAACCAAAUGAGCUGCAUUAGAUUUAACAGGAUUAUUAGAAGCAUGUAGUCUGUUGUACUUCAUCUGUUCCACCACUAGGUGCUGCUGUGUAACUACACUGUGAUUGAAGUCUACUGAACCAUGCUGCAGUCGUUGUUUUCAGCUCUGUAAAUUUGAGUUUCACUGGUCUGUUUUCUCCUGAAAGUGAGUAUCUGUUGGUGGAGAAUGAAUCCAACUAUUUCAGUGGUUGAUUAUUUCCAACUCUGAUUUUACUCAAGAGUUAAAUUCUCUCUGAUUAAAACAAUUUUGGAGACCACAACAGUCACAGAUAUCUGAUUAUGAAAAGAGUGAAAUUCUGCAGAGCUGGAAAACAACUCAAGUGAAGUUAUCAGAUUAAAAAAAAGUUUAUUUAAACAAAUUCCCACGAAGGUUCUCAGAGUGAUUUCUCUCUGUUUCAUCCACAGAGGGCAGGACAAAAAGAAAAGGCGGAGGAGCAAGAUGAUGGAGGAGGUGGAGCCUAAAGAUGCCGUUGUCCCGGCAACAAACGGCACAGAUGAGUCGACUCCUCCAGAGGUGAGAAAACACGCAGAAAAAGAGAGAACCUAAAGUUUAUCUGUUUCUGUAAACACAUGAGAGUGAGGACCACGGCCUCGGACUUGAAGGUGCUGAUUCGCGACCCAGCUGCUUCACACUCGGCCGCGAACCCAUCAAGAGCUGAAGGUCACUGCUCGACGAAGCUAGAAAAACCACAUCAUCCGCAAAAAGUCCUCAGUCGGAAAAAGGUAGAUCACCUUCUCCAGGUCAGAGGGGAGGUCCUUCCUCAAGAAGAGGAGUUCAAGUAUCUCGGGAUCUUGUUCACGAGUGAGGGUAGGAUGGAGCCGGAGAUCGACAGGCGGAUCGGAGCGGCGUCAGCAGUGAUGCGGACGCUUAACCGAUCUGUCGUGGUGAAGAAAGAGCUGAGCCGUAAGGAGAGACUCUGGAUUUACCGGUCGAUCUACGUGCCGAUCCUCACCUAUGGUCAUGAACUUUGGGUAAUGACCGAAAGAACAAGAUCGCAGAUACAAGCGGCCGAAAUGGGUUUCCUCCUCAGGGUGUCCGGGCUCAGCCUUAGAGAUAGGGUAAGGAGCUCGGACACUCGGGAGGAGCUCAGAGGAGAACCGCUGCUCCUCCACGUCCAGAGGAGUCAGCUGAGGUGUUAGGACGCCUUCUGGACGCCUCCUGUUAGAGGUGUUCCAGACAUGUCCCACCGGGAGGAGACCUCAUGGCCGGCCCAGGACCAGGUGGAGGGAUUAUAUCUCUCGCUUGGCCUGGGAGCGCCUCGGAAUCCUCUUGGAGGAGCUGGCGGAAGUGGGUGGGGUGAGGGCCGUCUGGGCUUCCCUCCUGAAGCUGCUGCCCCCGCGACCCGGACCAGGAUGAAGCGGAAAAAAACAACGACGAAACGAAGCAGGAGAAGAACGACUGGACGUCAUUUCAAACCUCGAAACAGUCCCAGUUUUAGGGGGAAUGUUCCUUUACGAGCUCAUUGGGGAGAAACCAGCAUCCACCAUGUCUAACACCAGUUUCUCUAACCUUUAAACAGAGCAAAGGUGUGUGUGUGUGUGUGUGUGUGUGUGUGUGUGUGUGUUAGACUUCUACGUCACUACAUGCCUCCCUGUCUCUUCGAUGUGACUCAACAACUUUGAGCUGAAUCCCGCUGACCCCUACAGAGCCCUUCACAGGUGUGUGUGUGUGUGUGUGUGUGUGUGUGUGUGUGUGUGUGUGUGUGUGUGUGUGUGUGUGUGUGUCAUCCCCUCCACAUUCCAUGAACGUCACUACCUGGAAAGAAACCCGAAAACAAAGCGGCAGAUUGACGUUCGGAGCCAUUACCUCUCAUCUCCAAUCACAACAGGGAGCCGUCAUCUCCCCGGCAGCCUCGCAACCUUUUGAUCUGGGUUCUGAUUGGCCCCCAUAAGCUGCGUUCCCACGGUGAUCCCCCCCCGAGUGUUGUCAUGAUGCUUUGACUCCUGACCUUUGACCUCUUUACUGUCAGUUGUAGGUGAUGUUCCUGGAGCAGAAGCUUGCGUUGUGUUCAGGAACUGUCGGAAAUAUGAAACUACAGGAAACCAGAACGCCUCGGUUUUCACCGCCUGAGCCUGAAACAUCUUUUUCUUUUUCACGCCUCUGACUCAAACUCUCCACUGACGGUCCUUUUUUCUUCUCUACAGGAAACAAACAGCAACUGCAACCAUACCGAAAACGACAAUGCAGUCCCCCCCAGUCCAGCUGAGGCCACACCAGAGGUCGCCAUGGAAACGGAGCAGCAAAGUGACGAUACAGGUUCUGCUUGAUUUUUACUCGGACAUGUGAAAGAAAUCGCUAACGGUUGUUACCAUAGUUUCAUAUGCUUAGUUUAUCGCCUCUGAUUGGCUGUAAGUUCUGACCGUUUGGCUUGAGCGUGUGAUGACGCUUCCAGCUUUUCUAGCCAAUCAGAGGCGAAGGAGGCGGGACUUUCCCCGGGAUGUGUCUUUUUCCCCACGGAAAGUCGCAAAACCGCAUCGGGCUUGAUGUGUACAGUCAGGCGCGUCAAAAUUCACCUCUGAAUAUUUCGUAAUUUCGCGCUCUAUAUUCACGUCAGCCUCGGUGUGUAAGGACCUUCAGGCUGUUUUGGAAUUGGCCUUCUGCAUACUCCUGCCGACCGCCGUAUCCAGUAGAUACUGCAUACUGAGUACUGCGUUCGAUAGUAGUAUGCAGUAUGACUGCAAGUUGGCCGUUAAUAUGAGGUAUGCAUAGACUGUAUCUAGAACGGACGCCGUCUGCCUCCUCGCUGAGUGAAGCCACUCCCAGAACAGCACCCUCUGGUGACGGGCUGCAGUAUAGGUCAUAAACCCCGCCUCCUUAUGGAGCUGUGGACAAACUUUCUAAAUGAAUGACACAGAAUAUAAAUGUUUCUCCCCCCUGGUUGUGAUGUUGACAUGUAGUUACUGUCAGACUGGUUUGUGCUCAAGUCCUCUUUUUUCUGUACAGCUCCAUUUUUAAAAGUUAUUAGGGGGUUCAUGUUUUUUAUGAUUGACACGGUUUUAUGAUUGAAAAGUUUCGCAGCUCUUCGCUAUUCCGUCGUCUUCCCAGGUGCUUUGCAUUGUGGGUAACGGUAGGCGAAGCAGACUGGUCCGAUGCAUACUGUGAAAUUUCCCGAAUCAGUACGUCAUCCGGGUUUUUUUGGCAUACCGCAAAUUUUGCUUUUGUUCGCCUACUGCAUACUGGAUACUACAUUUGGGGCAAAUCAGUACGUACUGCUAGUAUAGUAGGCAAAUUUGAAAACGGCCCAAGUCUGACCUUUGACCCCACCUCCAGACACUCCAGUGACACCACAGAAACCAGGAAGUGAGCCUGUGGUCAUUCAAGGCAACAGCAAAAACCCGGCCAGUGAGAAGUUUGAAAGAGUCCGAAAGUGGAGCAUCACCACCUACAAGGUACGAGUGGACUUUUUGAUCUGCCGGUGGAGAAACGAAUCAAUCCGUCAAUCAAUAAACAUUUGCCUCAUCAAUAUCCACGGUUUACCUCGGCAGUGUACCAGGCAGGCUCUGUCAGAGAAGCUCGGUCGCGGGUCCCGUACGGUGGAUCUGGACCUGGAGCGUCGGCUCGAGCUGCUCAAAGACGACCGACAGCGCUUUGAAAACAUCACCAAGGUGGCUCAGACGCUGGCCAAUCAGCUCGCUCAGAUCACUGUUACCCAGAAGACACUGGGGGACACCUUCAGUGAGCUCAAGGUCAAAUCUCCAAUGCUCCAUGUGAGUGAUGACGGCUCUACUCCUUCUUCUUCUACUGCGCUGUACUAAUAGUGUAUCAGCCAAACCCUCGUUGUCCAAUCACAGCCUGUUGGAUGUUAGAUUAGGUCGAUGCUGGUUAUCAAGGUGCGCUCUCUCGUCUCUCUCCUCUCUGUCAGGUGGAGUUCGGUUUGAACGCAGAGGCUCAGAGGUUUCUGUCGAAGAGUGGCGAGAGUCUGGCGGCAGCAAUCAACACCUUCACGUCCGACAUGAACACUCUGGUGAACAAGACCAUCGAGGACACGAUGAUCAACGCCAAGAAGUAUGAAGCAGCCAGGUGGGUGGACCACACUUUUGUUAGCGGUCAAAGUUGACGAUUGGAGAGGUCGGUAAUAAUGAUGAACCUCGUUUCUAUGGCGAUCAUGGUCCUUCAGUGCGAUCUCCACAAAGUGAAUAGAAACAAGAACGGAAAGAAUCUGUUCCCCCUAUCAGGUGCAGGGCUGCGAAAACAUUGACCAAUGGGAGCCAUUCGUCCCGGACAGCUCCUAUUGGUCAAUCUCCCGCUCCGCCACUCCAUCCAAUCACCUCGCUGUAUUCGACACACCCCUGUCCCGUAGUUCCGACUCGUCCCCACUCUCCCGGCGCUUCUUGGAGCUCUGAGCGGCUAAAAGUAGCGUAGCAGCGGAGAAGGACGCAAAAUAAAACCCUUCUGCUCGCCCCAACGCCAAAAGUGGGAAGAAAACGCCGACAGAAGAAAGGGCGGAGUCGAAGAGGAAAUGUGACAGCAUAACUCUUAUUAGUCUCUGCGAUGUCAACACGGUAGCUGUCCAGGCAGCUGCAGACGGCGCUCGCUAGCAGAGCCGGCGUUUACCGCCGCUAGUCACUAACAAUCCGACAUGGUGAAUCCUAUUCGAAGCUAGCGUAGGAUCUUCUGCCGGCCGGCUUCUUGCUCUGCCAGAGCUUCUCCAAUCGUCAACCAGGACUUAAAGAGUUUAAUGUCGGAAAAUUGAACCAAACUCAAAAUUUAGCCACAAGUAACGCAUGUACAUGGAAAAAGGGGGCUGACUUUUUAAAGUUUUACAUUGUGAUUGUUGGGAUUCGUGUUUUUUUUUUUGGACCAAAACUGCCUUUGCCACUUAACUGCCAUGAAACCCAACUACCGAAGGAAAAUGAUGGAAAAACACAAAGAUCCCUUCCGUAGCUUCUCUGUGCGAACUUCUCCAUCCUCCAGGAUCGAGUAUGACGCAUACCGAGUCGACCUGGAGGAGCUGAACAUGGGACCACGGGACGCCAACACGUUACCCAAACUGGAGGCGGCACAACAAGAGUUUCAGGGCCAGAAGGAGCGAUUCCAGAAAAUGAGGGACGACCUGACCGUCAAAGUGAAGCUGCUGGAGGAGAAUAAGGUGAGAGCUAGUGAAGAUCGGAGGUAAGCCUGGAAACAGUUAGAGCGUCAUCGUCCAAGAAGAGACAAAAUCUUGUGACAUUUACAGGUCCACAACAUGGAGAAGACAAAAGGUACGUAGGUGACUGUAAUGUCUCACAGUGUCAAGAAAAUAAUGCUUUAAAAAGUAAGGUUUAGUUAUGUCAUUUUUAUAGUCAGUACGUUUACAUGACAAUCAGAGAAAACCGAAUUAUCGCCUGAUUCCGAUUAAGACCGGACAACUGAAGAGCAUGUAAACACUUUAGUCCGACUAUAAUCAGAGUUUAAGAACUCAGAUUAAGACACACAGAUAAUGAGAUUGGAAUUCGAUUUUCUCUACCAUGUAACCAGCGUAGUCGGAGUAUGAUCGGACAAUGCAUGUGCGCCACGCCCCCGUAACCCCGGAACAAAAACACCAGAGAAGUAGAGUAGCGUUCGUCUCACCUGUAGGAAAAGUAGUGCGUAGAUCACGUACGACAAAAACAGCGCUGUACGAUGCUCCAUCUUCUUGUUUCUCCAAAAUGCCGAACAGCAGUUGUCGCCACUUCUGACGUCUGACACCGACGGUCAACCAGAAAUAACACCGCUGAAAAGACCCAUAUCGCCCCCUAGGACAUGUUCACGUCAAUAAUUCGAUUUUCUCAGCGGCACGUAUACAAGGAGAGAAGUUCAAGUUGGCAAAAAAAAAAGAAUUCUGAGCUUAGUCCGAUUAAGCUGUACAUGUAAACGCACUGAGUGACAGAAAUAUUAAAAAGUCCCGUUUUUGAACCUUCUUUCCAGGUCAAAGUCCUCCACAAUCAGCUGUUGCUGCUGCACAGCGCCGUCGCCGCUCACAGUUUAUCGUGUCACAGCUUCCUGGAACAAAACAUUCGAGAGGCCGACGAACAUCUCAACAACAGCAGCGCCAGCGCCCCCUCCUGGCUGGAGGAAAGUUGACCCGAACACUAAAACUGUAAGUGCUCGGACCAGGAUCUGUACGUGUUUUAGGAGUAACGGACGCUGUUUUAGGAAAAGAAAGGGAGGGUGGGUUUGAGAUUUUCUGAACAGGAACUGAAUAUCUGUGAAAUCUGGGAGAGUUUUGCCGUUAGGUAGUUUAUUUAUACAACAGUGGAAGAGUUUGAGGGUUCGGGCUGAAUGUCCAGCUUCGAAGAAGAUCUGGAGACCUGAUAGUUUGCCAAAGAAAUGUUAAAAAUAGAUGGAUUAAGAUAUUUUUGAAAUUCUGAAUGUGGCCUGGAAAGUCUUUAAGUGGGAUAACAUCAUUUUUCAUGUCUGAUAAUAUUGUGUAGCUGCACAGAAACUCUUCUAAAGUUGACUGUUGUGAUUCUGAGCUUAUUCUUCAGGACAAAGAGCUCCUGAGAAUGAACUCUUUUACUAUAUUAUUCAUACAUUUAAGGACUUACAGCACUUGUAACUUGUGACCUGUUUAACAGAGACACAGUCAUACGUACCCCUCCUGGUUUUCUUGCCUCUGUCUCACUAUGUCGGGGAGUAAAUCCAUCUAAUCCUUUGUGAGGCACUAAGCCUUUCUUUGAACUUUAAAAAUCCUCAGCCUCUGCAGUCAGAAACUCAAAGUGUCUCAACAGAACCACCAGAAAACAGCUCCUCAGCCCACAAAUUCAGCAUGUCCUCAAGAAAAACCUCCAGUUCCCUAAUCAGAACAUCCACUAGUUUUUAAAAGAAACUUUAUUCUCUCUUCAAGUCAAUAAAUAAAACCGUUUUUAACAGAAUAUUCCUUUUCUUACAAAUAUUUAAACAUGAUGUCAAAAAAUGCAAAAGUGCAAUUAAACCUCAGCACGAGAUCGACAAAACUUUAGAAACUAUGAGUGGAUACCAAACCAAAUUUCUUCCUCAAACGAUACGUAGAGGUUCACAGAACAAGAAUCUCAGCUGCCUAAAGAGGCUCCAAAUUUACAAAGACCUAAAAAAUCACGUCUUUACGCUGAUGAUACUGCUUUGGUCAGAGAUGUCGAUUAUUUUCUCCUUUCUACCAAAUACUGUAUCAGCAGUGUUGAUGGAAAAGCCCUAAAAUCCCAACAACAGAACCUCUCAUGGGAAUUUAACUUCUUUUGCAUCAACACUUGACUGCUAACUGCCGGCCAUCACUUUGGCAAGAACCCUCACUUUGGCACAAGACAAAAUUUGGGACCAUUGUUUGGUCCCACUGUUUAGGACCAGAGAAAAGACUGAGCAGUAUGUCUGUGGUGUGACCGUCUAGCUCAGGACAAUCUUGAAUGACCCAGUCCUCCUCCAGUUUAACAGGAAUCCCCGCUGGUUGUUGGGGCAUAAUAUGCCACAAUCCAAAAAUAUUGCGAUGUUGAUGACCAUGUCUUAUCCAUUUGGUAAAAGUUAUUGGGUGUGCCAAUCUUAAGAUCAUAAAACAGCAAAACAACAUUACUCUACCUCUUAUCAAAUGCUGGAAAACAGCUGUACAUUCAACAGUUCUGUAUCCGUGGGUUACGUUGGGGGAAGACUUCGAUAAUUAGAUCUUCAGUGGUUGGCUGCAAGUCCUUUCCUUAUCUAGCCGACACGGCAAGAAGCACAUUAAACUCAUAGGACCAAUACUUGACCAUAAAUCCAAGAAUGUUGCUCUAUGUCAAAAAAUGCUGUUUUAAAGCUAAUGUGACAGGGCUGCUAUCAUCUUCUCCCUGGCAUUGGCAUUGAAAGUUCUUGCAAGUUGUACAUUUGGACACUCCAUCUACAUUCCAGUGUAUAGAUAGCUUUUAUCGUUAUGGACGACAUAACAGAUGUCUUUUGUCUCUUUGUCUUGUCAUGGUCCAUCCAGAGUGUCAAUCCCCACAUUUGCUCACCCGGGCCAGCAUCCAGACUAUUGAUGUUUGUUUUUCAGGGCAAUAAGAGGUGUCAUAUUUGUCAAAUCUGAGUUGUGAUUCAAGUUCAAAUCCGACAUACUCCUUUUACACACUACAUAUACUUUGUAAUUAUCUGAAAAUAAGUUUUUAAUGAUUAAGAAAGUAAAUAAGGUAUUCCAUGCUGUUCUUAUAUGUUGUGUUGUAAAAGGUGCUCAGUUCAGUGUAGUUGAAAAUACAGAAUAAAAUACUGCAUAAUUUUUUUUUCUAGCCUCCUAGGGACCAAAAAUUGAUGGUUCUUUUUCUUGUACCGUCAACUGUUAGGUGAACAGUAAAAGACAAACAGCAUGAGAACGUCUCAUCAUUAAAGGAGACAGAAGGGCCAUUAAAAAAUUUAAUUAACUAUUUUUAAACUAUUACUUUUUUCUCCCAAAUGCUACAAUUUAAGUCUAAAUUCUAACCUUGAUCUCAGAGUUUUUUCUUUGAUCUAAGAUUUCUAACUUAGAUCUUAGAACUCCAUCAAACUUUGAUCUCUGAAUUCCAACUUUGAUCUCAGAAUUCCAUCUAACCUUAGUCUCUGAAUUCCAACUUUGAUCUCAGAAUUCCAACUUUGAUCUAAGAAUUCCAACUUUGAUCUUAUAAUUCUAAUUUGAUCUCAGAAUUCCAACUUUGAUCUCAGAAUUCCAACUUUGAUCUCAGAAUUCCAUUUGACCUUAAUCUCAGAAUUCCAUCUGACCUUAAUCUAAGAAUUCCAACUUUGAUCUCAGAAUUCUAAAUUUUAUUUUUGAACUCAGAAAAAAGGUUUGAGAAACUAGUCCAAAAAAAAAAAGUGCCAGACUUACGAGUUUUGAUUAUGGGCCCUUUUCUUCUCCUUUACACCAUCUAUCAUGACAACAACAAUUUAACAAAGCAGAUUUUUUUUUUACCUUUUAAAUUUCUGUGACUGUACAAAGAAAUGUGGCAGUGAAAUGACUCCACUCAAACUGCUGUGUUGAAAUAUAGGACUUUUUUUGUUUAUGUACCUCAGAAGACAACAAUGCAGUAACUGUGGAUGCUUUUGUGCAAUAAUGACUCAAAACCUUGAUGAAAUAUUGUGUUUGUAGACUGAUAAUCACUCGUCCGCUCUUGUCGUAUAAACACAUUUAUUUUCAGCUCAGACUCCACGGUCUAGUUCUCCGUUUGCUCUAUCUUGCUGGUGUUGGAUGUGGUUGACAGCCCAAGAAAAGCUACUGCUCUGUCCUUAAUGUUUUUUUAUUUAGUGAUUUUUGAUUCCAGACUGAAAAACAAAAACAAACACGAACAGACUGAUCACCUGCACAACUAAAUCUUUUCAGAGGUGGACUGCUGAACGCAAAAACAGCAGAGGGACCAAAUAAUGGGAGAAUUCAAGGUUUUGUUAUUUCCAUUUUAUUUGAAUCCUAAAUGCCAAAAAGGGACCAAAAUGUACAUAAAAAUUAAACUGUUUUUAAAAAUGUUUGUGAUGUUAAACUGCCAAAUAAAAAUGUUCAGAGCUAAA